UUAAUAAUUUGAGCUACAACCAUGUGAUCGAAGGUUUGGCUAUUUCAAUAUUUAACAAUUGCCGUUUCCAAAGUCAGUAGGAUGGGCACCAAAAUCCACCCAUACUUUUCUUUUUUCCUCCUCCUUUUCCUUUCCCCUCAUCUUUCACUUCAGAGUUUUGCCCAAAAUGAAGAUGAAGCAGAAGAAAUCAAAAGAUCAGAUUUUCCAGAUCAUUUCUUCUUUGGAACUGCCACUUCCUCUUACCAGAUUGAAGGGGGUUAUGUUGAAGAUGGGAGGGGAAUGAGUAAUUGGGAUGUUUUUUCCCAUAUUCCAGGAAAAAUUAAGAACGACGAUACCGGAGAUGUGGCCGACGAUCACUACCAUCGGUUUCUGGAAGAUAUUGAGUUAAUGCAUUCAAUGGGGAUGAAUGCUUAUCGCUUUUCCAUUUCUUGGUCUCGAAUUUUGCCAAAAGGAAGAUUUGGUAAAGUGAACAGAAGAGGAGUCACUUUCUACAAUAACAUCAUCGACGGUUUGUUGCUAAAAGGCAUAGAGCCGUUCGUGACAAUUCACCAUCAUGACUUUCCAAUUGAACUCGACCAAAGAUAUGGAAGUUGGAUGAGCUCUCAAAUGCAGGAAGAUUUUGUGUUUUUUGCAAAAAUUUGUUUCGAAGAAUUCGGAGACCGAGUGAAGUAUUGGAUAACGAUAAAUGAGAUAAAUCUAGUGGCAAUAAAGGCGUAUUUAGAAGGAGUUUACCCACCAGCCCACUGCUCACCACCUUUUGGAAAAUGCUCAACUGGUAACUCUGACAUUGAGCCUCUCAUUGUUGUGCAUAAUAUGUUACUUGCCCAUGCCAAGGCUGUUCGUCUUUAUCGAAUCCAUUUCCAUGAAAAACAAGGUGGAUCCAUAGGAAUAGCGGCAUGUGGACACAUGUAUGAACCACUAACAGAUCAUGAAUUUGACAAAAAAGCAGCUGACAGAGCCUUGAUUUUCAACAUUGCUUGGGUAUAUGAUCCUAUUAUAUACGGAGAUUAUCCUAAAGAAAUGAGAGAGCUUCUAGGAAACCAACUUCCAAGUUUCUCGAACAUAGAAAAAAAUAUUAUAAGAGGAAGUUUGGACUACAUUGGCAUCAAUCACUACACCACUUUUUAUACAAAGGAUUGCCUUCAUUCCACUUGCUCCCAAGGUUCAUAUCGUCCAAUAAAAGGAUUUUUUGAAACCACGGCAUAUCGAGAUGGCGUUUCUAUUGGAGAUCCUACGGGAGAAGCAAGAUUCUUUGUUGUUCCAAGAGGCUUGGAAGAAAUCAUUAACUAUAUUAAAGAAAGGUAUCCUAACAAGUCCAUCUUUAUCACAGAAAAUGGAUAUUCUCCACCACAAGGGGAUGGUAACAAAGUUGAGGACAUUUUAAAUGACACAAAACGAGUCAAUUACCACAAGAAUUAUCUUACUUCUUUGGCUAAAGCAAUGAGGAAUGGUGGUGAUGUAAGAGGGUAUUUUGUAUGGUCCUUAAUGGAUAACUUUGAGUGGAUCGAUGGAUACACCACAAGAUUUGGGCUUUUGUAUGUGGACCUACACACACUUGAGCGUCGGCCCAAACUUUCAGCCCAAUGGUUUCGUUCUUUCCUUGGUGGCAACCCACAGCGACUUGUCAAAUCUUCAUCCUUGAUUACAAAUGCUUCUCAUUCGCUUAUGGAUGCUUAAGAAGGCCAAAUGCUUUUGGAAAAACUACUUUUAUUCAUGCUCAUGUAUGCAACAAUUUUAUUAAAUAAGAAAGAAUUCAUGUUGCAAAGACCUUGUUGCCAAGAAAAAUAUGGUUAAGCUGAGCUACUUUUAACCUUUUUUAAA